AGCGAGCGGGCCGCCUCCCUGAGCACCAUGGUGCCCCUGCCCCGUAGCGCCUACUGGCAGCAUAUCACACGACAGCACAGCGCUGGGCAGCUCUGCCACCUGCAAGAUGUCGCCAGCCCUCUGAAGCUUCAUCGGACAGAGACUUUUCCUGCCUACCGAUCGGAGCACUGACAGGAGCUGCCGAGAAUCGAGAAUCGUUGUGUGACACACUUGUGAUGUGUUGGCCGCCGCAGAUCCACCAGGAGGCCACAGGAGGGGAGCCACGAUGGAAAGGGGCGGGAAGUCCUGGCUAAUUGUGUGGUCGUUGGGAAACUGCAAUGCAAUAUUUGUCUUUUUCUUUCUUUUUUCUUUUUUAAAAAAAAUCUUAGCAUGAUUGAAACAUGCUCUAUAGAUACCGACUUUUUGUUCCCUCUUUUACAGCUGGACAGAAAG